AUGUCCAACACCGCGACCCUUCCCCCUUCCGACCCAAUACAAGCUCUAGGACCCUCUCUCUUUCUCCAAGUCCUAUCGCAUCUCCCCCUCGGAUCUCUCACGAGCUGUUUGAAAGUAAACAAAACAUGGAACGACCUCAUUGCCUCCUCACCUACUACCCUAUAUAGACCUUUAGCCUAUACGGUGGGGAUCGAGCCUCCUAUACUUGAUGAGCUGUUUAUCAAAGACAAGGACACCGCUCAAUCGUCGACUUGGUCAAACCCAGCUUCCUCCAGGUCAGAUAGUGGAGGCCAUGAAGGAGGGGUAAAUUGGAAAAAUGUGAUAAAAGAUUAUGUAUAUUUACAAGGUAAUUGGAAAAAUGGAAGAGCGAGAUCAAAGUGGAUAUGUCCAGGUAGGAACACUGUAUGGAGGAUCAAAGUGGAUCAUGAAGAGGGUACGAUCAUAACGACAAGUAGGAUAGAUGGUAUACUAGUCUCGGAUCUGCAAACUUCGGAACCUAUAUUCGAGUAUGAGGAGAUUGGUUCAUAUGCUCAUUUGGAGUUUGUCAAGGGCUAUGCAAUCUUCAACUCUAAUGAUGAUCGAUCGUUCGAGAUUCACCUUACUCCCACUGCCUUGUCGAAACUCCCUUCCGAGCGUCGUAGGAAUCUAACACCCAGUAAUCGCUCAAUCACACAUAACAAAGGAUACUCAUUCACCUUGGAAGAUCAUUAUCAACCGUCUCCACCGUCUAACGGCUCUCACGAAUUGGCAAUACCACCAAGAGGUCAUCUAACAUAUUAUAAAUCGCUUACACCUCGUACGGAUUGUUUUGCAUUUCGAGCGAGGAUAGAUAAACAAUAUACACCCGAGGAGAGGCCGGUCUUUGGCACGAGCAGCGAUGAAGAGGGCUAUAUAUACGAUUUACAAUCUGAAAGCAAUUCUGAGAUGGAGAGGUUUGUAUUUGAUCAGGAAGAUAGGGGUAGACCUAACUAUAUCGAAUUUGACGAUUCAUAUUUAUUCAUCUGUCAUUCAACCUCUGUCAACGUCUAUUCACGAACCACCAAAAGAAAAUUGAUCACUUUCCCACCACCUGUAACUGCUCCUUUCGACGCUGCUUCAGCUAUAUAUACAUGCUAUGACCCGUCCCGAUCGACUAAAAAGAUCAAACCAAAUAAAGAAGGUGAGGUAUUAGUCGGAGAAGUGAAUGUGCAGGGUAAAUGGAUUGAUGAUAAUGGAUUUGAUGGAGUUAUGAUGGCUUCUGGACAAGGGAGAAUUGCAGGAAGGGAAUUUGCUGCUGUCCAUUAUACCUCUAAAGACCUGUUUGCUAUCACCAAAUCGGGAACGAUCUAUGCUCUUCGGAAUUAUCAGGAUGUCCUAUCUAUACCUAAUCCAGAGGCUAGGGAUAGAGCGGUAAAUGCGAAUCUUCUGGCAAUAGUAAUAAGGGAGAGUUUGAGACAGUUAUCUACUUAUGGUGAACAUGUGGUCAUCACCAGUGCAACAAGCGUCUUUCUCCUUUACACAUCUUCCCUCCCUCUUCCGCCAUACAACACGAGCUCCUCCGACCUAUCCAGACCGACUAUCAAAUUGCUUAAUUUGAUGAAUGUCCAUCACAAAGGUAUGGGACAAUGUUCCUGCCUACAGAUGGACCGAGAGAAGAUAUAUGCGGUUUAUUGGGCUUUGGGAGAAAGCGAGGCGGGAGGAUCGGUCAAUUACGAAGGGGAAAGGAUCUUGCCACCUCAGGAAGCUAUAGGGGAUUUUGGAUUAUGUGUGAAAGUAUGGGAUUUCGGAUUGGAAUCGUCGUCGUGA